AUGAAACUUCAAAGCUGCCAACUGCCUUCUGUGAUCAUUAUUCUGUGUUCUAUAUUUCUUUUCUAUUUGUUGAUUCCUCCAACAUUUUGUUCUUCGUUGGCGACCAAUGAAUCACUAUUGACUUCUUCUUCCAACUUCGGAUGUAAUGGCACAGUCAUUUCUGAAAUUACAAAUCUUUGGAAAACUUCCAUGAUGAGCUACAUUGUCAAUCAACAAAUCACACAAAGAUUAAUUUUGACCAAUGACACGUAUGCACUGUACGACACUCAAUUGUACUUGGCCAAUCUUGUGGGCAUGAUUCGAAGAUGUGGAAAUUUUCACAAUGACUUGCUGCACCAAGUUGCAAGUGUCUUGUUGCCAUCAUUUACCAAAUUAGAAAUUGAUCCACGUGAUAAUUAUCCAAGAUGGAUUUGUCGAGGAGGAGCGAUCUGUACCGGAAAUAACUUGUUGAAUAUUGAAGUGAUUUUGUGUUCGAGUCAAUAUUUGGGUCUCAUUUCACUCGCGGCCAAUGCAAUUUCUGCUCUUCCACCCUCCGCUCGAACUAGUAAUAUGACGUCUUUCAUGCAACAAGCAGUGAAAACGAGUUGGCAACAUGUGGCACGAUGGUCUACCACGAGUUGGAAUGCAACCAUUGCGAAACGACAUCCCUUAACCUAUUUGAAUGUGACGGAUGGUUCUUCGAGUGCAUUUUUCUCAGAUAAGGAAUUAUGGGUCAUUACGACAGUUUCAGAAUUGGCUGGAAUUUAUCAAAGAGAUCCAAAUUUGUUUGCUUCGUUUGCCACUCCUCAAGAAAAGUCAAAUAUUGAAACAUUUUUUAAGGGACUUUUGACAUUGAUGAAUGCAAGAAUAUCGUUUCAGAGUGUGAAAAUUUCAUCCUUUGGAAAUUUCGAGGCUGGUGAUUUAGAUCGAGGAUUCGAUCGUCUUUAUGCAGAUUCUCGAUAUGCAGGCUAUUGGAAUCUAACAGUUCCACCAAUCACCUGUUUGUCGAAUGGUACAAAAAUUGUCAAUGUUCCUCCCAAUAACAUUCCUAUUGUUGAAACGAUUGGAUGGGACAUUAGUCAUGCUCGAAGAUUAGUGCAAACUUUUGAUGCUCUAUUUUUCAAUUAUGAAGCUGUGAAAAGUGUUUUCAACACACCUACUUCAUUAAUUCCAGUUUCAAGAUGGAGAAAUGCCUUUUCGAACGCUAUCGUUGGAAGAAUUUGGAAUCAGGAUUCACAAUUUCCAAGAUUUACCAAUUAUUGGGACGGAACACCUGGUUGGUAUCGUGUUGAUUAUAGUAAUGGAGUGACUACCUGUAAUCCAGGAUUAUCUCCUUUCGCCUUGUCCACUUCGAUUCCAACCGGUGGUUAUGGAUCUUGGAGAAGCGUCAAUGACACGAUUCAAACUUUAUUGAGAAGAAUGUAUUACUUAAAUAAGAGUAAGGCAUCUUCUUCAGAGACUUCUUAUCUUUCUGAGAUUGGCCUUUUAAAUUUCAAUACUGUCAGUGGAUUGAUGUUUUUACCAAGUUUGGUAGGUGUGAAUAAUUGCAGCAAUGCAGGAGUGUCACAACCAGAAUGCAACAUGCAAACAUGUUUAGAGUAUGCUCCAAAUGAGUUAUCGCCGUCAUGUUCUAAUCAUGGCUACUGCAUGGGUGGAAAUAUUUGUCAAUGUUUGAAUGGUUUUAUGGGCUCAAAAUGUGAACUGACUGUUCAACCAUCCAUACCAUUGGUUUCAAGGAAUGAAGAGAGCAUGAAGCGAAGAAAUGCAACCGGUGCCAGUGUGAAUGGAGCGAUGGCUUGUUUUACGACAGCGAUGGAUUUACACUGGCGACAAGUAUUCAUAUUAUUCUUGCUCUUGUUGAUUUUGGUCCAACAUUAA